ACUAUUCCUCCAAACUUUGAUAAUGUCGAAGGCAGCAGAAGUUUCACCUAUAAAGGUUACAUGGAAGCCCAUGAUUAUUCCUCCUGCAGUUAUUCCAAAACCAAUAAAAACUAAACGAGCUGUGCAUGAGAGUCCUUUUGUUAAUGAUGGCGUGAGUGUUUCAAUAUAUAAUAAACCAAGGAAGAAGCCUAUCAUACCGGAAUAUUCAGCAACAGCAGAUAGAGCAUGCCAAUCUUACUUUGGCAGUCCUAGAGUACAAAAGUUGUUAAAAAUAACUCUGGAAGAAGAUAGAAAAUAUGCGGAGGAGGAGAAAAAAAAGAAAGCUAUGGAAGAUGAGGGAAAAGACAAAAAAUUUGUAGAAGAUUUAAAAGAUAAAAGAGCUGCGGAAGAGGCAAAAUCAAGAAAAAGUACAACUAAAAGCGAAGACUUCAAAGAUGGUUUCAUCAAUGAUGCAAUUUCAGCAACCAAAACAACUAGGAAUCUAUUACCACCAUACGAUGCUACAAAGGAUCCUGCUUGCAAAACAUAUUUCAACAAACGAGGAGUUAGUAAUAUGGUACAAAAACAAAAGAAAUUUUGGAAACCUCUCUAUCCAGUUUGCUAUACAACUAAUUGGAAGAAACCUAAGGAAUUUCAGGACGAAAUGACAUUUGGAAAUUCUCAAGAAGGAUUUGGCAGGCAAGAUUCAAAGUCUUCUUUAUCUCCAACAUCAAGCGAAAAGAAAUUGCCGCUAAUACCUUUGGAAGAACCUUUAAUAAGAUCAUCUAUGCUUAGAAGUAUCAGCAAAGAGGAUACAGUCCUACAUCGAAAGAGGGAAGAAUCAUUUGUGAAUGACGCAAUACUAGCAAGCCAUUCUAAGCAAAGGUAUCGCGACUUGUUGCCGAAAUACGAUGCUUUCUUUGACCAACAUACACGAUGGAUCUACGUCUGGACAAAGAUGACGGAAAACCAGCCUACUAAAUCAGAUAAAGCACCAAGCCAACGAAACCAAUCACCGAGACGAGCUUCUGGGUCACCAAGAAGGAGCGUAAAUAAAAUUUAUAAAACCCCUCCAACACCCCCUCCUCAAGCGCUACAAACCAAAGAAAAGAACUUUGUUCUGGACUCUGUUGCUUCAAGCUCCAUUUCGAUUGAUUAUUCAAAAACUAAUCCAAAGCUAGGACCAGUUAUACCCCCUUAUAAUUCUCAGAGAGAUAAGCAUUGCGAUACUUAUUUCCGUUUUUUCGGGGUUGAAGAGACUUUGGACAAAACUAGACAGAAAAAGCCGGAAGACACGUCCAUAGAAGGAAAAACUAUGGACAGAUUUGCUAGAGAGGGUCCAGGUUCGCAUUAUCUCUUACUAAGAAAUCAAAGUGGUAUGGGACAUUCGAGAGAAACAAUCGAUGGACAUGGACAAUUUAUGCAAGGGGUAAAGCCUGUCAUUGGUUUCAACGGUAAUUUUGGAUUUAGACGAAAUACUCCAUGGUUAAGAAAAGAGCCAUCUCCAUUUGGAACGGCUUCCAGAUCGCCUUGUCACUAG